AUGCCCGCGAAGGGUAGUCUAGAAUCCAUUGGCAGUGUCCGUGCCAUGCACGAACGAGCAAACGCUGAAACCGCAGACAAUUCAGAUUUCGGCAAGUUCCAGCACGAGAGUGAUCCUCAUGCCAAUCAUAUUUUCGCAAUGUUUGGACAAGAAGCAUACGACGAGUAUAUCCGCGAUGUCGCGGCACAACGUCAACGCGAAAAAAGUGAAGCCACCGAGAAGCUCGCUCGCCGCACCGCCCGUAUGAGACGAUUCCUUAACAUCCAUACCAGGAUCGAACACAAGCUUGCAACUCUCGUCACCAACGUCGCCAGCAAGGUUGUCCAGCGCCAUAUCACCGCCUAG